AAGCCGCCGCCAGGCCCGUGCCCGAAGUGCAAGGCAAUGCAUUGGAUCCGCGAGUGCACGGUGGCGACGGAAGACGAGAAGGUCAAGCUGAUCAAGGCACUGCGCAAGAACAAGAAGGCGAAGCUAAAGCGCCUCGGAGAAUUGCUGCCAAGUGGGGGCCGCACGGUGAUGCUCAACGGUGUGCUGGAAGUACCGUACUGCCCUGACAGUGGGUCGGACUUUACAGUCAUUGGGCGGUCGCACUGGGAGCAAUUGCGUGCUCUCGACCCAAGUAUCACAGACGAAGAACUUGCUGUCCCCGUGGAGAACCAGACGUUUGGCUCCACGGUGGUGACGCCCCGCCUGAAGGCCAAGCUGCACGUAAUGAUCCAUACAGCAGUCGGCCCUGUUGAACCUAUGGGCAUGGUCGACGUGGUGGUGGUGGAUGUCGACGAUGGCGAGUUCAUCGUUGGAAAUGACCUCCUACUAUCGCUCGGC